AUGUGGUGGCAGAAAAAAGUCCUGAAAGUUGUUUUGGUGGUGCUGUGGAUGGUGACAACAGUUGCGCAUAGUUUUGAGCUAUACAAGGACUACAAAGUCUAUGAUAUUUUCGCUGAAGAUGAGCAACAACUGCGUAGCCUGUACCAACUGCACAAGGAUAAUAGGGCUUAUGAUUUCCUCAACUUGGCCAGAACAACUAAACAAAUAUCCAAAGUCCUGGUGGCACCUCAACAAGAUGCUAAGUUGAGAAACUUAUUAGAUAAAAAUUCCCUUAAUUUCUCCUUAAUUAUGGAAGAUGUCUCGGAAAUUAUCCUUAGAGAGCGUCUAGAAAAUGCCCGCGAUACUCCCCCCCAAUAUCCUUUGAACGUAUUCGAACGCUAUUAUCGUCAUGAUGAAAUCAACGAACAUAUGGAGGUACUGGCCAAACUCUAUCCCCAUCGAGUGUUUGUUAAGACCUUUGGACGUUCGUAUGAGAAGCGACCCCUGAAGGUGAUCACCAUAACAAAUGGCGAUGUGAGCAGGGACAAGAAGGUUGUCUUUAUCGAUGCUGGCAUGCAUGCCCGCGAAUGGAUCACCCCUGCCAUGGCCUUGCAUAUUAUGAACGAAUUGACACUGAAUUUCACAAACCAUAAGGAGCUGUUGAACGAUUUUGAUUGGGUCAUUAUGCCAGUGGUCAAUGCCGAUGGCUAUGAGUAUUCGCAUGAGGAAAAGCGUUAUUGGCGUAAAACACGAAGUCCCAGUGAUUUGGAACAGGACUGCUAUGGCACUGAUCCCAAUCGCAACUUCGAUCAUUAUUGGGGCUGGGAAGAGGGUUCAUCGCCGGAUCCUUGUGAUGAGACCUAUCAUGGAGAGAAAGCCUUCUCAGAGCCCGAAACUCAAGUGGUACGUGACAUUAUGCAUUCGUAUGGUGCAAAAUUGAAAUGGUAUUUGACGUUGCACUCCUAUGGAAAUUUGAUACUACUGCCCUGGGGUCAUACACCUGAAUUGCCAGAGAACUAUUUCGCAAUGAUGGAUGUGGCUGAUGCUGGCGCCAUGGCCAUUGUCCUAUCCACCGGCGGGGUUUAUUCCUAUGGCAAUACCUACCAAUUGAUUUACCCCACCUCUGGGGAUUCUGCCGAUUAUGCGGUGUCUGCUUUGAAUGUUCCAAUUUCCUUGUGCAUUGAAAUGCCGGCUGGAGGUUUUCUAGGAUUUGACCCACCCGUUAGGCAGAUUGAAGAUAUUGUUCUCGAGACCUGGAUUGGAAUUCGAGCCAUGGCUGAAGUGGUUGUUCAAAAAAAAUUAAAGUAA